ACUGCCUCAUUUGUGUGACUUUCCGUAAUGCGAGAUUCAACUCGUGAUCAAAAUACGCACUUAUUCAAGAAGUAGUAGGGGGUUAGUAACGAAUCUAACUUCUCAGAUUUGCGAGGUGCUUUUCACAUCUGGAAAAACAGCCAUCGAGGUCACGAAAGGAUCGAUCUUCAAUCGCUUCUAGAAUGAAUGAGAAAGACAUCAAUAAUGGCGUCGUUAUAGACGGCGAGAAAGCAAACGGAGACUACGGAAGACCAGAAGACAGCCGCGCUGCCCUUGUUGAGCCGAUGAUGAUAGAAGAGAAUGGUGUCGUUAUUGAGGAUGAUCGGGAGAAGUGGGGAAAGAAACUGGACUUCAUGCUUUCGUGCAUCGGGUACGCAGUUGGUCUUGGCAAUGUUUGGAGGUUUCCAUACUUGUGUUAUGAAAACGGCGGAGCAACGUUCUUGAUACCCUAUUUUGUGAUGCUUGCAAUCAACGGGAUCCCUCUGUUCUACAUGGAACUUGCCAUUGGUCAAUAUCUUAGUCUUGGAACCGUGGGAGCCUGGACGGCCAUCUGUCCCUUGGCAAGAGGAAUUGGAUUUGGUAUGAUCAUAGUUUCUCUACUGGUGUCCAUUUAUUACAAUAUGAUUAUCGCCUGGUGUCUUCUGUACAUGUUUGAGUCCUUCAGAAAAGAUGUGCCAUGGAAAACAUGUGACAAUGACUGGAACACUAAACUUUGCGCACAAAUACGAGUCAAUGCAUCGUCACUUGAUUGUGCCGCAUUGGGCUAUGCCGCCGAUUGCAAGAGUACCAGCCCUUCGGAAGAGUUUUUUAAUCGUCACAUACUUCAAAUAUCUGAAAGUAUAUCUGACAUGGGCGAUGUCAGCUGGCAAAUUGUCCUUAGUUUGAUUCUCGCUUGGAUUAUAGUGUACCUGUGCCUCAUAAAAGGAGUGGCUUCUUCGGGAAAAGUUGUGUACUUCACUGCUACCUUUCCGUACGUCGUUCUGUUUAUUCUAAUGAUCCGUGGCGCCACUCUGGACGGUUCAUUAGAAGGAGUGAUAUUUUACCUUAAACCAGAUGUCCAAAAGCUAAAGGAUCCCCAGGUCUGGGUUCGCGCUGCGUCGCAGAUCUUUUACUCCCUUGGAGUUGGUUUUGGAUCAUUGAUCACCUUCGGAAGUUAUAACAAGUUCAACAACAAUUGCCAAAGAGACGCCAUCAUAGUGAGCUGCAUAAACUGUGGUACAAGUUUCUUCGCGGGAUUUGUUGUAUUCAGUGUUUUAGGAUUUAUGGCCAAGACACUUAACGUUAACGUCGGAGAGGUGGUUACAUCAGGUCCUGGCCUUGCCUUCGUGGGUUACCCAGAAGCCAUUGCGCAAAUGCCUAUCAGCACCUUGUGGGCUAUCUUGUUCUUUUUUAUGCUCCUGACUCUUGGUUUGGACAGCCAGUUCGCUAUGGUGGAGUGUGUCGUUACAGGUCUUUCAGAUGAAUACCCCAAAUACCUACGAAAAUACAAGCCGUUUUUUCUUAUCCUUAUCUGCAUUUUAUUGUUUCUCCUCGCUAUCCCCAUGUGUUCUCAGGGUGGCAUGUACGUCUUCAACCUAUUCGACAUUCAGUCAGGAGGUAUCUCGCUUCUUUUCAUUGGAUUUUGUGAAGCAGCGGUCAUUGGCUGGGGAGUUGGCACACAGACACUUGGUGACAUGAUCGAAAAGAUGAUCGGCAAGCGCCCAAAUAUCUUUUUCCUUAUUUGUUGGAAAUACAUUUCCCCAAUCGCUACUCUGAUCAUCAUCCUGGCGAGCUUGGUGCAGUGGUCCGGUAUAUCCUACAACGACGUGCCAUAUCCUGGUUGGGCCGAAUUCUUUGGAUGGGUGCUUGCAAUUGCAUCUAUGAUAAUGGUUCCGACAUUUGCAUUAAUCCAGUUCUACCACUCCAAAGGAACCACUUUGAUUGAAAGGCUGAGGUCUCUACUGACUCCUGAUGCAAAUGCUUUCAACGCGGUCGAGGAGAGGGAAGGAAUUUCUCGCAAGAAGUUGGUCAUAAAAUAAACCAACUAUCAGUGUGCAUUUCUUGGAUUUUAUGCCCUUCAGUGUAAUAUAAAGCGAGAGGGCUGGCUCUCAGUAAAUGGCCAAUUUUAGCUCCGGAGCUGAGCUGAGCUGCGGAACACGGAACUGUAAACUAAACUAGCUUAAACUGUUAAACUGCUGUUACUUUGGCGUUAUUGUUUUCUGUUUGUCUCCAGUGAGACAGUUUUCUCAUGAUAUUCUGUCAACACUAUGUUUUAAGCGUUUAAUAUUUUUAUGACGAUUCUGACCUGAAACGAUAAGUUUCCUGUGACCUGAUCUGUUCUCCAGAUAUCAGAUUAUUUCAAAUGUAAGGAGUUUUGAAACAUAAUUACGAAAAAAUGACGAUUUCAAGAAUAAUCGAUCAGCUUUGAAUGAGGUUAAGAGUAUAAGUGAGAAUAAUUAUAAGUUUCCAUUAUUUGAUGAUAAAGUUCGUGUUUAGCCAACCAAGGCUGAACCAAACUGAAGAGUUGAUAAAGAACUGAGAUGAAAAUUGAUAGCUUCGUCAUCAUAAUUAUCACAGACAUCAUGAUUAUAGACAUCAUAUUUCACAUUAUUAUUAUAAACGUUCAUGUAGUACAAUAGUUAUUUUUUGUUCAUCAAAGCUAUAACAAAUUUUUCAAAUGCGAAAUGGUUUUUAGCAGGUUCGAUUCAUUAGCACUGCAAAGGCAAUCUACGCAUUAUUUCUUAGUAAUAGAAUAGAGUCAUUUACCCACCAUGCAGUGGGGCAGGUGCCCUUAAUCGCGUUCUUUAAGUUCUCUUCCUCAAGCAUCUCAACGAAAAACCCAUCUGUAAUGCUUUUGAACUUACUUUUAUCCCAUAUUAGUGGCCCCUCAGCUGUACUGGAAAUCCGCGGGUCUGAUUUGUUCUCUCCUCGUUUUCUAGUUAACAAUUGAUUGAUAACUAAAUGAGGUCCUCAAAUCUUGUUAUAAUUAUGAUUAACAGGUAGGAACUUCGCAUCGAGUAGUCAGAUAUACCUGGAGCCGAGUCCAUUUCACGAAGUAAUAUAUUAGGUUUUCAAAACGCAAGAUUUUGUGAUUUUUCUACCAAGUGUUUACACGUUUACGUCUUGGAGCUGCACUUGGACACGAAGUCAUUUUUAUCGUUUUUCUAGUGUGAAAUUUUGAUUGUAAGACAUUUUUUCGGGUUUUUUUAUUAUUAUUGUACAGAAAGCUUAAUUAAGUCCCUGUAAAAGGUCACACCUGAGAGGGGUUCAAAUGUCCAUUUUUAAAGCGAAACGGGUAUGAAAUUUGUUGUUUAAUGGGGUUUUAAUUAAUCGCAAGAUAAAGCUACAUGGUCUUCUAGCCCACAGUUUAGGAUCUAGCUUUUCCUUUAGAGGUUUAGUUUUUCUCAGUUUUUAUCGAUGUAUCUGAAAUGCCUUUUCUUUGCCUUUUCCAAAAACACCUGUUGUUACCGAACGCAAGUUUUAUCCAUUUUGGACUUUUCUCGAUUUUGAAAAGCUAGGGAGUAAUACGAACUGUUACUUUCACGAAACAUGCAAAGGAACGUUAAUUUAACACUCUUAAACCCGACGGACACAUUAUGACAGUCGAUAAUGAUUGCGGAAAUGAAUAAUUGCAAAACUUUCAUUUAUGCUUCAUUUAUAGUGGUUUCGAGCGAUGUUAAAAUGUAUUUCUCAAUACUAAAUGUCAAGGAGUCUUGUAGCUCACAGCAAUGGCUGAAUUAUGCCGAAAACUGUUUAAACGUAGAGUCGAGAUAUUUUGCUUUUUUCAGUAGAUUGACUGAUGUCUUGUGGUACGGUAUGCCCUGAAAUGUACAGUACUUACCAAACAUUAGGCGACGUAGGAGCCGUCCAAAACUUACGCUGAAUUUUGUUCAAACCACUUUAAGUAUGUGUUAGUGAAGCGAAACGAUAAAGAGCAAUGUUAGGUGGGCACUGUGUUUAUACUAAAUGAAAUAAAAAAUGCCGAAAAAAUAA